UGCAUGCGUUGUGGGCGGGGACUGUGGCUGAGCAGCUUGUCCUUUGACAUUUGGUGAGAACUCGCUUUAUGCCCUGAUGUGUGGUCAGUUAUCAGGAAUGUUCCACGGAUAGUAGAAAAGAAUCUGUGUCCUGUGUGCCCCCGAGAUGAAGCCUGGUUAGCUGUGCCGUCUCUUCUUCCUCACAGAUGUGAGAACCCCCACUGCACGGUUGGCCGCCCGGUCUCUUGUUCUGUCGGUUUGCUUUCUGCGCCUGGAGCUGUGGGCGAGAGUUGCUGCGUCUCCUGGGCCGGUGGAAGGCCUAUUUCUAGCAGCGCCUCUGCCCAGCAUUCAUGGAGCUGCACCAGCUUUCUCUCUGGGUGGCGCCUUCCCGACUGACACUGGAGGGGGCAUCCCGAUGACCCGCUGACAUCCGUCCACUUGGUCCUCAGGAAAGGGCUGCAAUGUCCCAGACUCAGGACUACGAGUGUGAGAGCCGUCAUGCUGGCACGCAGGAGCCUCGGGUCUCAGGGUCUAGCACAAGGCUGGAGUGGGUGGAGAUCAUUGAGCCGCGCACCCGCGAGCGCAUGUAUGCCAACUUGGUCACAGGCGAGUGCGUGUGGGACCCGCCCGCCGGCGUCCGCAUCAAGCGCACCAGCGAGAAUCAGUGGUGGGAGCUCUUCGACCCCAACACGUCCCGCUUCUACUACUACAACGCCACCACCCAGCGCACCGUGUGGCACCGGCCGCAGGACUGUGACAUCAUCCCCCUGGCCAAGCUACAGACUCUGAAGCAGAACACCGAGUCCCCCCGUGCCUCAGCAGAGAACAGCCCCGGGCGGGGCAGCAGCGUCAGCCGCGAUGGCAGCACCAGCUCCUCCCUGGAGCCGGACCUAGACGCCACCGAGAAGGCGCAGGAGCCUCCAGGGAGGGCGAGCCGGCAGGCCAUGUUUGGGGCUGUGAAGGAGGAGAGCAGCAGUUCUCCACCACCAGGAGUGUUCCUUGAGAAGGACUAUGAGAUUUACCGGGAUUACAAUGCAGAUGGCCAACUUCUUCACUACAGAAAUGGUGCUGUGCCUGUGCUGUGCUGGGACCAGAGCAGACACACACGGAGAGGGCCUUGCAGGACCUCCUCGCUCCGGUGGAACUCAGGCACCAAGGAGCGCAUGCUCAUCAAAGUUGCCGACCGGGAGCCCAGCUUUCUGUCCCCCCAGGGCAAUGGCUACCCACUGGACAGCCAGCCUGGGGGCCGCUCCCGCAGACCCUCAGGUGGGCAGCCCUCGCCCAGCCUGCAGACGUUCACCCCUGAUGUGGAUGGUUCUAUCUUCUUCCCUGAGCGGAGGCCGUCGCCCUUCCUAAAGAGGGCUGAUCUGGGGAGCUGCUCCCCACUGCUAGCUCAGCCCCGCAAGCCCACUGGCGACUCACAGCCCUCCUCCCCGCGCUAUGCCUACGAGCCGCCCCUCUACGAAGAGCCCCCUGUGGAGUACCAGGCCCCCAUUUAUGACGAGCCCCCCAUGGACGUGCAGUACGAGGCCGGCGGCGGCUACCAGGCCGGCUCGCCCCAGCGAUCUCCGGGCCGCAAACCGCCCCCCUUCCUGCAGUCACCCAAGCAGGCCUCCGCCUCGCCCUACCAGCAGCUGGUGCUCACCAGGCAGAAGUGCCCCGAGCGCUUCCUGAGCCUCGAAUACAGCCCCGCAGGCAAGGAGUACGUGCGGCAGCUGGUGUACGUGGAGCAGGCCGGCUCAAGCCCUAAGCUGCGCGCAGGCCCACGCCACAAGUACGGGCCCAAUCCUGGGGGUGGCUCACUCUCCCUGCAGCCCAGCCCCUGCCCGCUGCGGGACCAGCACCUGGGGGCCACGUCUGGGGACUACAGCAGCAUGCAGGGGCCCGAGCCGCGGCACACCCAGCCACCCACGCCGCUGCCCCAAGCCCAGGACGACACCAUGUCCUGGUCCAGCCAGCAGGACACCAUGUCCUCAACGGGCUACUCCCCAGGCACGCGCAAGAGGAAGAGCCGGAACCCCUCUCUGUGCCAUGCUCCCAGCACCUCAUCUGGCGACGGCGCUGGGGACCGCGACCUGCUUGGCGAGCAGCCCCUGGCCGAGGAACGGCCCCCAUGUGGGCCCAGCCUGGCCCCGGUGAAGCGCGGAGACGGCAAGGCGGGUGAGGCAGACGGGGCACGGGGCACGGCUGAGCCCUUCUUGGCGCAGGCACGGCUAGCCUGGGAGGCACAGCAGGCCCACUUCCACCUGAAGCAGAGGGGCAGCUGGGACUCCCAGCAGGACGGCUCGGGCUAUGAGAGCGACGGGGCCGUGCCACUGCCCAUGCCGGGGCCCGUGGUGCGAGCCUUCAGUGAGGACGAGGCUCUGGCCCAGCAGGAGAGCAAGCACUGGCAGAGGGGCGCCUUGGAGAGGCUUGCCUUCCCACAGAUCCUGCUUGAGAAAAGUGUCUCCGUGCAGACCAACCUGGCUUCGCCAGAGCCCUACCUCCACCCCUCACAGUCCGAGGACCUCGGCACCUGUGCCCAGUUUGAGAGUAGCCGGCAGACCCGCAGCGUGAUGCCCAGUGCCAGCUGUGUGUUCCCUACCUUCACGCUGCGCAAGCCGUCCUCAGAGACCGACAUUGAGAACUGGGCCUCCAAGCACUUCAACAAGCACACGCAGGGCCUCUUCCGGCGGAGGGUGUCCAUCGCCAACAUGCUGGCCUGGAGCAGCGAAUCCAUCAAGAAGCCCAUGAUCGUGACCAGCGACCGCCACGUGAAGAAGGAGGCCUGCGAGAUCUUCAAACUGAUCCAGAUGUACAUGGGUGACCGACGCGCCAAGGCAGACCCACUGCAUGUGGCCCUGGAGAUCGCCACCAAGGGUUGGAGCGUGCAGGGCCUGCGGGACGAGCUCUACAUCCAGCUGUGCCGGCAGACCACUGAGAACUUCCGCCUCGAGAGCCUGGCCCGUGGCUGGGAGCUCAUGGCCAUCUGCCUGGCCUUCUUCCCGCCCACACCCAAGUUCCACUCCUACCUGGAGGGCUACAUCUAUCGGCACAUGGACCCCGUCAAUGACACCAAAGUGACACAGCACAUGAAAGAGCUCCUGGAAAGGAACACUAAGAAGAAGUCCAAGUUGAGAAAGAAACCCAAGCCUUAUGUUGAGGAGCCGGAUGGGGUGGCGAUAAGCACAUAUGCCAAGUAUUGUUACCACAAGCUGCAGAAGGCGGCCCUGACCGGGGCCAAGAAGGGGCUGAAGAAGCCCAACGUGGAGGAGAUCCGGCAUGCCAAGAAUGCCGUGUUCAGCCCGUCCAUGUUUGGCAGUGCACUGCAGGAGGUCAUGAGCAUGCAGAAGGAGCGCUACCCUGACCGGCAGCUGCCCUGGGUACAGACACGGCUGUCUGAGGAGGUGCUGGCCCUCAACGGUGACCAGACGGAAGGCAUCUUCAGAGUCCCUGGGGACAUUGACGAGGUGAACGCUCUGAAGCUACAGGUGGACCAGUGGAAAGUGCCUACAGGCCUGGAGGACCCCCAUGUCCCUGCGUCGCUGCUGAAGCUGUGGUACCGGGAGCUGGAGGAGCCUCUGAUCCCGCACGAGUUCUACGAGCAGUGCAUCGCGCACUACGAGAGCCCCGAGGCCGCCGUGGCCGUGGUGCACGCGCUGCCCCACAUCAACCGCCUGGUGCUAUGCUACCUCAUCCGCUUCCUCCAGGUGUUCGUGCAGCCCGCCAACGUGGCCAUCACCAAGAUGGACGUCAGCAACCUGGCCAUGGUGAUGGCGCCCAACUGCCUGCGCUGCCGAUCGGACGACCCGCGCGUAAUCUUCGAGAACACUCGUAAGGAGAUGUCCUUCCUUCGCGUGCUCAUCCAGCACCUGGACACCAGCUUCAUGGAGGGCGUGCUAUAGCACGUGGGCACCGAAGGACCUAGGGUGGGGACAGAGCCGAAGCUCGGGUGCGCCCGGGCAGGGGACACGCCGGGAGGGGGGAGGGGACGCCCCAGUCGCGGAGGUAGCAUGCCAGGCUCCGCCCAUGCCCGCCCCAGCCCUGGAACCCCCAUCUCCCCACCCAGGCCCUCGGCGUGAGGGCGCAGCCAGGGCAGAGGAGCUACAGGAAGGGCGCCUCUGGCCCUCCACCUCUUAGCCAGUUCCGUGGGCACCGCACCGCCCACUGCCGGCCGCGGGUGAGCCCCGAGAAAGUGCCUUCUGUUUCCUGGAGCCAAGUGACACUGCCCCUCCGGGGCCAGCCCCAGAGCACACGCCGCUCCUGCCGGGGUGAGCUGCCUUGCUGGAGCUCCUGCGCUCAGCCUGGUCCUGGCCUGGGCCCUGCCUGGCUGCCCCUCUCCCCUCUUCUGCUCUCUUCGUUCUUCUCGGCCGCCUGGCCUGCAGCUUCUGCCCUCCCCAGCCCCUGCCCCCCGCCGCCUCCUGCCACCUGUGGCCUCCAGCUUGGUGUCUGCACAGGAGUUGGGGGGUUCUAGGGCACUGGGCUAUCCACCACUAGAGCCUGGCCCAGAGCCCACAAGCUUUCUCUGGGUGGGGAGGGGCCCCCAAACCAAAGUCCGCUGGGAUGGGGGUCAGGGUUGGGCAGGCGUUCUUGGGGCAGGGUGGGGGAGGGGCGAGAAUAUUUUUUCUUUGUGUAACUAUAAAUUCAGAAUCUAUCCUGCACCCCAACCCGUCUGUGUAUAGAGAUAUAAAUAGAGCGAAAGAUAUAAGAACUAAAUUUGCUAAUGACAUAGUUUUAACCCAAAUGUUAUCUCGGAGCCGUCCUCGCCCAUUCUCUGCAGAGCAAGUUGAUAUCAUUCGUUCAUUUUCUUCUCCACUUUCUUGGCUUCUGACCAAAAACCAAACCUGCCCCACCCCAUCCGGGACCUGCAGCAGAUGAGAGGGAAGGACCCCCGAGCUGGGGGACUAGAGGGGCGCCCACGACCGCCCGUCCUCGAGGCCAGAGCUGGUGGGGAGGUACCUAGACUCAGUUUGUACAUUUUCCAUUUUGGAAUUUUGAGUUCCCAUUGUUGUAAAACUUAAUUUCUCCCCAGUUUUUAUAUAUAUAUAUUUUUUAGAGUUGAGUUUUUAUUUAUUAUUAAAAGCAAGCCCAGCCCUG